AUGGGGUCCGUUGCAAGCCCCGCAGAGGCCGUCGCGAGAAUCGCCUACCUCGCCAGCGAUGUCGUCCUCUCCGUCCAGCCGUCGUUGAGCACCGAAUCCGAGUUCUCCUACCAUUUCUCCCGGUUCAAGGCGAACAAUUCCAAGAACUUCGUCUCCAAGACCCUACCCGAAAUAGUCCCUGUACGACAGAAUGCAGACCCUCUUCUGUCGGCGUAUACGCCUCUUCGAGCCGGCAAGCUGGUAUCAGUCACGACAUCCUCAUCCAUACUACUGAACUCAGUGCCGCAUCUGUACAAGCUUGCUCAAUAUCCCGUUGUUCUGCAUGUGGCGCUGGCGACUCCUCACGCAGACUUCUCAGAAAUUAGCUCCAUCCGACAAUCUGGUUUCACGUUUUUACAGUCAGAAACCCUUCAAGAGGCGCAAGAUAUCGCAUUAUCGGCGCAUGCUCUUGCUGUCAGGAGUGGAAAAGGUGUUAUACAUUUUUGGGACCCCAGCAAUUCUCUGGGGGAUAAUCCUAUAGCGGCCGAAAGUCGGGAAUUGAUCCAAGCACUGCUUGAAAACGGCGUUCGUGGGAAGGCUUCUCACUUGGGCGAGGUCGAGCAGACACUCUACACCAGCAACGGAAGGACAGCCACUGUCAGUGAUCUUGGGCUGCCAGCUGUUGCUCAGCAGGAUUCCGCGCCAACCUCUCGUGAGGCUCUGUCACCCGUUUCUGUUCCGGUGUCGUCCACGAAUGGUCACACGGAGGUCUCGUCAGCGGCUUCUACGUCCUCACGGCGGGACAGCUCGUCCGGUCACACUGAUCCGUCAUCGGUCGCAACGUCGGUAGAGACACCAGUCGCCAGGGCUAUAAACGCCACAGAUAUAUUCACCUAUAUCAGUGAAAUCUGGGCGGCCGUCUCCCACAUAACCGGGCGAAGCUAUUCCGCAAUCGAAUAUUCCGGUCCCCCAGAUGCCGAGGCCGCGCUUUUCGUGUUCGGGUCGACGGGAGUAUUUGUUGACGUGCUUGACGCCGACGAUGUGCCUGUGGAAUUGACGAACCUGGGUAUCAUCACUGCUCGGCUAUAUCGUCCCUGGCUGGGCAGCGCUGUUCUUCUAGAUUCGAUUCCCAAGACAAUCACCAGGAUUGCAGUAUUGGAACAAAUUAAGCGAAAAACCACCAGGUGGGGGCCUUCUUUCCUGGACCUGCUCUCCAGCUUGAGUCCCAGUGGCGGAAAGAGUACUAUCUCCUUGGUGCAGUAUCGGCUUGGCCAUAUCAACGCAUCAACGGCACUGCAAGCGCUGAAGGGAAUAUUUCAGAACCUGGCGCCACCUACUACACCUCGAAAGCACUCCCGACGUCGGGGCCGAUCACAGGCGGCCCUCCUUUCGAUUCAGAAUUUGACUAUUGGCAAUGAGGUUGAACCUGUCAUUGACACUUUCAUCCCGGAGCAGCCCGAGCUAGAAAACGCCUACCUUAAGAUCCUUGAUCAACUAUUCAGCAACAGACUCUACAUUGCAAAUCGACUCAGCGAGAAGAACGCCGGUGUCUCUGCUACCCUCGCAACAUCGCCUGAGUAUGGCUUUGGUUCUCUCCUUGCCCGGACUGAGCGGCGCCAGCAGUUCAUAAGGGAAGCGGAGGAAGCCGCUCGCAGCAACCAAUUCAUCACCGAAGCACCCAAGCAAUGGUUGUCAAGAUGGGCACUCAACGCCAACGACUCUUCGAAGGCGAACGAAUAUGCUCCGGAAGUGAUUGCUCGCUUGUCCAAUGAUGGCACGAGGCUAGCUGGGUCGCUGUUGGACAAGAAAGCCUUUUUCUUCCAAGAGGCGCAGUGGCUUAUCGGUUCAGAUGCCUGGGCCUACGAUCUAGGCAAUUCUGGUGUUCACCACGUUCUGGCAUCGGGCGCUAAUGUCAACAUGCUCAUCAUUGACUCCGAGCCGUAUUCCGAGAGGACCGCAGCAGAUUCGAUGAGACGCAAGAAAGACAUCGGACUUUACGCUAUGAACUUCGGCAAUGCCUACGUUGCCUCUGUUGCAGUGUACAGUUCUUACACGCAAGUGUUGCAAGCCUUUAUUGAGGCCGAGAAGUUCAACGGUCCUUCAAUAGUCUUGGCCUAUCUACCCUACAACAAGGAGAACGACUCUCCACUAUCAGUCUUGCAAGACACCAAAAAGGCAGUUGACAUGGGCUACUGGCCACUGUACCGCUGGAAUCCAUCCAACGAAGGCAAGGGAGAGCCGACCUUCUCCCUCGAUUCUGAAAGGAUCAAGCGAGAGCUGGAGGAGUUCCUUCGACGGGAUAACCAAUUGACGCAAGUCAUGAACCGCCACCCACAGUUCGCUGCAAGCCUCUCAGAGUCAUAUGGCUCCGAAGUGCGCAAGCUGCAGAAACGUAAGGCUAAGGAUGCUUACGAGCAGAUGCUCGAGGGUCUGUACGGGGCACCGUUGACGAUCUUGUUCGCUUCAGAUAAUGGCAACGCGGAAAACCUUGCCAAGAGGCUAGGUAACCGUGGAAAAGCGCGGGGGUUGAAGACGAUGGUGUUCGCCAUGGACGACUAUCCAUUGGAGGAUCUGCCGAACGAAGAAAACGUCGUCUUCAUCACCAGCACGGCUGGCCAGGGUGAAUUCCCGCAGAACGGCCAUGCUUUCUGGAAGGCCAUCAAAGAUGCCACAGAUCUCGAUCUGUCCAAUACCCAUUACUCAGUUUUCGCCCUCGGAGACAGCCAUUACUGGCCCCGGAAAGAGGACAAGAUCUUCUACAACAAGCCUGGAAAGGACCUUGACGCCCAAUUGAAGUUCUUGGCAGGAAAGGAACUGACGGCAAUCGGCUUGGGUGAUGAUCAGGACCCAGACGGGUUCCAGACUGGUUAUCAGGAGUGGGAGCCUCGGCUCUGGCAAGCAUUGAAUGUCGCCAACGUCGAAGGCCUUCCAGAAGAGCCUCCGCCAUUGACCAACGAAGACAUCAAAAUCGCGUCCAACUAUCUUCGAGGCACCAUUGCGGAAGGACUCGAAGACACAUCAACUGGCGCGAUCUCCGCGUCGGACCAACAACUCACCAAGUUUCAUGGCACUUACAUGCAAGACGACCGUGAUUUGCGGGAUGAACGCAAAGCACAGGGUCUUGAGCCAGCCUAUUCGUUCAUGAUCAGAUGUCGACUGCCCGGCGGUGUUGCCACUCCGUCACAAUGGCAGCAAAUGGACACCAUCGCAUCAGCUCACGGCAACGAGACCAUGAAACUCACCACAAGACAAACCUUCCAAUUUCAUGGAGUUAUCAAGUCAAAGCUCCGACCAGCUAUGCGAGCCAUCAACAAAGCACUCAUGACCACCAUCGCAGCAUGCGGAGACGUCAACAGAAAUGUCAUGUGCUCGAGUCUUCCCACCAUGUCCGAGUACCACCACGAGGUCCACGCCGUGUCGAAGAGGAUUUCCGACCACCUCCUGCCCUCAACCACGGCGUAUCACGAAAUCUGGCUGAAAGAUGACGCGACCGGCGAGAAGACCCAGGUUGCCGGCGAUGCCGUGCAAGACUUUGAACCCCUCUAUGGCCCAACCUACCUGCCUCGAAAGUUCAAGAUUUCCAUCGCCAUCCCGCCUCACAAUGACACGGAUGUGUAUGCCCACGACAUUGGUCUGAUCGCCAUUCGUACCAAGGACAACAAGCACCUCGAGGGCUUCAACGUCCUCGCCGGAGGAGGCAUGGGUGUGACGCACAACAACAAGAAGACGUACCCCCGCCUGGGCUAUAUGAUGGGCUACGUCCCCGCCGACAAAGUCCACCUGGCGUGUGAGAAGAUCAUGCUGGUCCAGCGCGACCACGGCGAUCGGAAGAACCGCAAGCACGCGCGCCUGAAGUACACCAUGGACGACAUGGGCAACGAAGUCUUCAAAGCGAAGGUCCAAGACCUGCUGGACCCACUGAAGAUCAAAUUCGAAGCACCUCGACCGUUCAAGUUCGAUUCCAACAUCGACACCUUCGGCUGGACAAAGGACGAGCAUGGUCUCAACCACUUCACAUUCUUCAUCGAGAACGGCCGCGUCGAAGACACAGCCGAGUUCCCCAUGCGUACCGGCCUGCGCGAAAUCGCGAAGAUCCACAAAGGCGAGUUCCGCCUGACCGGGAAUCAACACCUGACGCUCUCCAACGUGACGGACGAAGCGAAACCCCAAAUCGCAGAGCUCAUGAAGAAGUACAAGCUGGACAACACGCAGUUUUCGGGCAUGCGACUGUCCUCUUCCGCGUGCGUGGCUUUUCCGACUUGCGGUCUCGCCAUGGCCGAGUCAGAGCGCUACCUGCCGGAGCUGAUCACCAAGCUGGAGGCCUGUCUGGAAGAGAACGGUCUGGCGCAGGACAGCAUCGUCAUGCGCAUGACGGGUUGUCCUAACGGAUGCGCUCGCCCGUGGGUCGCCGAGGCGGCGUUCGUGGGUAAAGCCUACGGUGCCUAUAACAUGUACCUGGGUGGUGGGUAUCACGGGCAGAGGUUGAACAAGCUGUACAGGAGCAGUAUCAAGGAGGACGAGAUCCUGGAGAUCAUGAGGGGAUUGCUGGCGAGGUAUUCCAAGGAGAGGAACGCCGGCGAGAGGUUUGGAGACUGGACCAUCAGGGCGGGGGUCAUCAAUGAGACGACCGAGGGGAAGAACUUCCAUGAGAACACGGCCGAGGAGGAGAGUGAUGGGGAGUAG